CUGUCCUCGGUCUCUUUCUCUCUCUCUUUCUCUCUCUCUCUCUGUCUCUCUCCGUCUUUCGUAUGGAAUCGUGUGUCUGCGCGCGCGUGUUACUGGCUCCCGGGAAGCGCUGAGAGAAGCGCCGUCGCGCUCUCUUCUAGUCAGUCCUCCUCGUCUGUUCUCGCCGUUAGUCGUGGCUUGAAGAACCGAAGCGCGUUCCGUCGUGCUCCUGCCACUGUUGGGGUGGUGGUGGUGGCGGCGGUGGUGCUGGUGGUGGUGGUGGUGGUACCGAAAGUGGGGAGGAUAAAGAGAGAGGGGUGGCAGAGCACCGGUAGACCCGCCACCAACCGAGGGAAGGUUCCAAAGGCGUCGACGUUCGGUCUUCAAGAGCCAAUCGUAACGUUCGUUCGUUUGCUGGCUCCGCCAACCGGAUUGCCUGGUACGCGCAGUGAACGCCCAUCCUCCCCGUUCGCGGUGCUCCCACUGAUGUUUUUAUUUAUUACAUCUGUGACUGGGUAGGGAAAUACUCCGGACUCGACCGAGAGAGCGUUUGCCACUUUGAGAACGAGCGACGCGCGUCCCUGCGCGAGUUACCGUAGUCGUCGUCGCCGUCGUCGUCGCCGUCGUCGUCGUCGCCGUCGUCGUCGUCGUCGUCGUCGCGGUGAUUUUCGUCGUCGUUGUCACCGCCGUCGUCGCCGUCGCCGUCGUCGGCGCUGGCAACCCUCGUCGUCGCGACCGCGUUUUUAACGAUCUCGAUCGAGUGUGAUCGCGAAUUGUCUGUGAUUCUCGCGAAACGUUAUCGGCAUUGUUGUCGUCGUAGUUGUUAUCAACGUUAUCGUCGUGCUCGUUGUCGUCGUCCUCAGGACGUCCUGGACGUCUCUGUUGGAGCCAAUGACGUUGCGAUGGACGACAAAUGGACGCCAACUCGUCCUUUCGUCUAAGUGUUAACAUCGAGACUCGCCAAAGAGAUAUGAUCAAGACUUGUCGUGUUCUCGCGUAUGGUGAACCUCGUACUUUCUCUUGCGAUCGCACGGGACAAGGAUUUCUCAAGUGACAGUGAUAAGAUUUAUUGGGACGGUCGACGUUGUAUGUAACAACGACCCGGUGAUCUUAAGUCCGCGUGUUUUUCUUCGUAUGGUGAUAUACAUCUUCGCGAGCAUCUUUAUCCGUCUUCGUUCGUAAAAGCGGUUCGUUGUUGUGACUUUGACGAUAAGGUCUGCUACUGUUAAAACGACCAGAGAGGAAAGUGCCGGAGAGUACACGUAGAAGUAGAGUCGACGGAACAAGAAAACGAAACCAGCGAGAAAAUUUAGCCAUCGAUGGACCACGGAGCGAUGGACAGCUCUUCCGAACACAGCAGCCGUGCCAGUCCCGUAACCGGCAGCCCAAAACAUCCUCACAGUCCAUCAGCACAACAGAGUCAACAGCAACAGCAGCUGCACGGCUCCCAGCAUCAGUCCUCCUUACAACAAUCCCACCCACGAGAUCAGUUACGCGAACAUCAACAGCAACAGCAGCAGCAUCGAGGUGUACCGACACCAGGCUCACCGACGAGAGGAUCACCACCGCAGGGUCUUCCCCUGAGUCCACCGCCUCUGUCGGCCGGGGGAGGACCCGGUGCGCCUCCAGGAAUGGUACCACGAAUGCCGGGACUACCGCCACCGGGACUGGGUCUCUUGGGUCAGUUAGGUGGUAUGCUAAGCGGUCAUCAUGGAUCGCCUUUGGAAUUGAUGGCUGCUCAUCACGCUGUACUACCACCCAGAUCGUACAACAGUCCACCGCCGAUCAGUACCAGUGAUCCAACGGCGAACGAAUGCAAACUCGUCGAUUACCGCGGCCAGAAGGUCGCUGCCUUCAUCAUCGCCGGUGAUACCAUGCUCUGCUUGCCUCAGGCCUUCGAGCUCUUCCUCAAACAUCUCGUGGGUGGUUUACAUACCGUCUAUACCAAGCUAAAGAGACUAGAUAUCGUGCCGUUGGUAUGCAACGUCGAGCAGGUUAGAAUCCUACGCGGUCUCGGAGCCAUCCAACCGGGCGUCAAUCGUUGUAAACUUCUCAGCUGCAAGGACUUCGACAUUCUCUACAGGGACUGCACAACGGCCAGGUACGUUCCUUUAAGCUCCAGGCCAGGAAGACCCCCAAAGAGAGCUUCCGUUGGUUUGAGCCUCGCAGCAAGUCACCUAGCCGCUGCUGCCGGUCAUCAUCCACAGCAUUCCUUGAAGAAGCACAGGAUGGACAACGGCGAUUACUAUGAGAACGGACAUCUAGAUGUACCAAGGAUGGAAAAGUCACCGCUUUUAGCGAACGGCUAUAAUCAUCCACCCACACACCUCAGUCACAUGCAAUUCAUGCAGUUGGGAGGACACCCAGGUGCAGGACACACAGCCAUACUCUCGCCAGCAAGUCUGCCGCAUCAUCUUCAAGCACAGGCUCAGGCUCGUGCCGAGCAAGGUCUCAAGGUUAAUCCAAAUAUGACCAACAUCGAGGCGCUCGCGAGGUCCGGGACGGUAUGGGAAAACUGCCGAGCUGCCUACGAAGACAUUGUCAAACACCUUGAAAGGCUUCGUGAAGAGAGAGGAGAUGCUGAAAGGGCUCUUGCAUUGGAUCACAAACCUAGGGAUCUUAGUUCGCACAAUGGUUCCUCGAACGGUCACAGUCCCGUGUUGAACCUCUCGAAGACAGCAGGAAGCGGCAGUGUUGGUGAGCAUUCGGGAAGCGAAGCUGGAGCGUCGCAUCGUUCUCAAGACGACGAGGAGGAGGAUGAUAAUUUAUCAGAAGACCUCGAGGACGAAAACGAAAAAGACGAAGAUUUAUCGGACGUCCCAGAGAACCUACCACUUCCAGCACCAGGCUCGGAGAGUCCUCAGGCAUUGAACUACUCUCAGAUAGCCUCAGCAGCAGUCGCAGUGUCACAGGGUGCUCAGGACCCUUCGGUUUCGAGUACGGAGACUUUGUUAAGGAAUAUCCAGGGUUUGCUCAAGGUCGCAGCUGACAACGCGAGGCAACAGGAGAGGCAAAUCAACUAUGAGAAAGCCGAGUUGAAGAUGGACGUUCUUCGUGAAAGAGAGGUGAAGGACAGCCUAGAACGGCAGCUUCAAGACGAGCAAAAAGUUCGAGUCGUCUAUCAAAAGCGGUUGAAGAAGGAACGAAGAGCGAGAAAGCGAUUGCAGGAGCAAUUAGAUCUGGAGAUAAAGAGGCGCACGCAAUUGGAGGAGGCACUUAAAGCCACGGGAGCUUCGUCCGAGCAAGUUCGAGCGAUCACUGAAAACGUGACGACGGAAGCUCGUACAAGCACAGAACCACCGGAAGCCAGUCCAGUACACUCGCAAUCUCAGCAACAACCAUCCCAACAACAAUCCCAACAACAACCCCUUCAGCAACAACAAACAGCGGCGCAACAGUACAGAGAAGCUCAGGUUCCACGUCCGUCGCAACAACCGUCUACGCCGGAGAAGCCAGCAUGGGGAUACGGCCUGGACCUCAUCGGUAGUCAGGCUUCGGCCUUUUGGCAAAAUUACCAAGAAUCGCUGGUGCAGGAACUCGAGCUGGAGAGAAAAUCGCGGCAGCAUCAGGUGGCCGAGAGGGACCAAGUUAAGUCUCCUCUUCAAGAAUCGCGGACAGGCUAUUACAAAAACUCAGUACUGUUUACGAGUGCGACUUAGAAGAUGCAGGAAGAAAUUGGACGAGGCGUAGAGCGUAUCAAUCGAAACGAUUGAGAUCAGGUCGAGGACGAAGAUAAAAGAAAGGAUAUCUGAAAGAGGACACAGGGACAAGGGGGAAGAAGAUUGUUCCGCUUACCAAUGAGUUGGAAUGAAAAAGAAUGGAAAACGAUGAAACCAGACCAUGGACGAAGAAGAUAAAGAAGAAGAAGAAGAAAAAGAAGAAGACGAAGAAGAAGAAGAAGAAAUGAGACAAGAAAAAUUGGAAAGACUCUCUCAGUGAUUUGCGCAGUGAGUGUGUUUGCAACAGAAAAAUAAAAUAAAGUAAAGUAAAGUAAAGUAAAGUAAAGUAAAGUAAAAUAAAAUAAAAUAAAAAUAAAAAUAAAAAUAAAA